CGAGAUGUGUGUAUAUGUAAACAUAAAAUUAUAAAAUUAAGCUUACCAAUCAUCGGAAAAAUCGCUUCCAAGCGUUGAAUUUAACAAAGAGAACAGGGAAAUGGCUGCUGCCGAGACAGGUGGCAUAGCUAGCAGCAGUGCAGUGUCCUCCGGGCAACGAGGCGUCAGCCGAGUUCUUGCCAAGUUGUCCGAAUCUUUAGCCCGUGGUGAGUUCUACGAGGCGCACAUGAUGUACAGGACGCUUUAUUUUCGCUAUACAGCACAGAAGCGCUAUCAAGACUGUCUGGAUCUGCUCCAUGAUGGGGCACAGCAGUUAAUUGCAAAAGAGCAAGAAAGCAGCGCGGCAGACCUGUGUCUUCUGCUAGUGGACACUCUGGAGAAGCAAGGACAACAUGUUGAGGGCACAGAAAACUUUUUGUGGGUGCCACGCCUCGGAGCCUUGAUUCGCAGUCUUAACGCAGCGACUGUGGAACGCGAAACGCUUAUUCAACGGACCAUUAAGUGGAGCACUGCCCUGCACGGUCAGUACGGCCACCCGGUGCUACACAAGUUAAUAGCGCACUUGUUUUGGACCGAGGGCAACAUAGAGUCGGCUCGCCACCACUACCUGCUCUGCCAGGACGGCAGCCUUUGCGGCAGAGUUCUGAUUGAGAUCAGUCAGAGCAGAGGUUUCCAUGGUGAGGUCGACUUGUUCUUAGUGCAGGCAGUGCUUCAACAGCUGUCGCUUAAAGAUCGCAAGACCGCCGAGGACACGUUCACCGAGUAUACACGCUACCACGCCAAACUUGUCAGGCACGAUUUCCCGUACAAGGAACCGUUGGUCAAUUUCCUGUACUUCCUUUUUCGCCUCAUCGAUACGAAGUGUGUAGCUGGGUUUCGAGCCCUGCGCAAACUUUACGAUCCGUCACUAAGGCGCGACACAUCUUUCCAGAAAAACGUGGACAAGAUUGGAGUGAUAUAUUUCGACGAGCAGCCAGAAGCUGGCCAUGUUGGUUCAUCAGGAUUGGGUGGAAUGUUUGGAGAUAUAUUCAAUCGUCUUAUGGCUGGCUUUGAUGAAGAGGACGCGGAUGAUCAGCGAGCGCCACAAAGUCGUCAAUCCGUAAAUAAUGAGCUGGACUAACAUCAAUUACCAUGCAUCUGUCGAACUCAAUGAAGUUAUUUAAUAUUUUUGUUAUAAUUUUAAUAAGCUGUAUGCGACAUUUUUUAACAUAAGCGUAUAUCCGCGAUAAAGGCAGUGUAAUGUUUUAAAUGGAAAUUAUACAAAAAUGUAUGUCACCAUGA